AUGGGUCAGCGCAGGUUCGUUCGUGGUGGAAUUCGGGAUGAGUCUCCGAGCUUUACUGUUCUUGCAUGGUACGCCCCCCCCACGCGUGGGCCUGGGUUUAUGAUCACCCCCUCUAUCGAGCUUUCGGUUGGCGGCAUUUCUACGCUGCACUAG